CACACACAUCAGGUGCUUCUAGAAAGAGAAACAUGGAGAGCAGAUACGCUCGGCUAGAUGCUGAAGAAGAGGAGGAAGCAGAGCUCAGGAUGGUGCUUGUCGGGAAAACUGGAGUUGGGAAGAGUGCAGCAGGAAACACCAUCUUAGGAAGAACAGCUUUUAAAUCUAAAGCAUCUCCUUCCACAGUGACGUCAGAGUGCCAAAAGGAAAGAGGAGAGUUUGGUGGUCAAACACUGGCUGUAGUUGAUACUCCAGGUCUGUUUGACACCAGUAAAACUGAAAAGGAGGUGAAAAGAGAGAUCGCUAGAUCCAUCUCGUUUGUUGCUCCUGGUCCUUGUGUGGUCCUGGUUGUGAUAGAGACCGGCAGAUUCACCAAACAAGAACAAGAAACAGUGAAAAUCAUUCAGAACAUGUUUGGAGAAAAGUCAGCACUUUAUACCAUGGCCUUGUUCACCCAUGGCGACAAUCUGGAGGCAGAUGGACAAAACAUAGAAACAUUUAUUCAUGAAAAUGAAGCUCUCAGAGAUUUCAUCUGUCAGUGUCAGGGAGGAUAUCAUGUCUUUAACAACAGAGGGAAGGAUCGCUCUCAGGUGAGAGAGCUGCUGAAGAAGAUCAACACAACUGUUCAGAGAAAUGGAGGAAAGUGCUACACCAAUGACAAGUUCAUUGAGGCAGAGAGAGCCAUCAGAGAGAAGAUGACACAACUUCUGAGAGAAAAUCCAGACAUGACACGCCAAGAAGCAAGAAGACUGGCAGAGAGAGACAACAGCUUCAUUCAGGCUGUUCUGGCUGCUGCUGGAGCUGUUCCGGGGAUUGGUCUUGGAGCUGCUGCCGGGUUUGCUAUUGAAGUUGCUAUUGGAGCAGGUGUUGGAGCUGUAGGUGGUCCAUUAGGAGCUGCAAUAGGAGCUGCAGUGGGAGCUGCAGCUAUGGCAAUCAUGAAAAACAGGGCGUGUGCUAUACAGUGA